CCCCGCGAGGAACGAACUGCAUGUCCAAUACGAACGUUUACCACCUAUCAUCAACAUAAGCCACCCAAUGAAAUAUUAGCGACGCACACAAGCAAUUGUCCCUUUAAUAAAACAGCGCUGUCAUCUCUUAACUUCAUGGGUUUUAGAAUUUUUAGUACUAUUUGAAAGCGGAUAAAUGUCUGAAGAGGUUUCUAAAAGGGCAGAAGAGGAGGCUGACACACCAGAUCUCGGGGGUCAGUCUGACGACAGCAGUGACGAGGGCGAGGCUUCGGGAGACACUGAGAUGGAUUUCUUACGCAGUCUCUUCUCACGAACUCUUGGCCUGAGUCCUGGAGAGAAAGUCUUGGAUGAGCUGACCCUGGAUGGGGUCGCCCGCUACAUCCUGAGUGGCAAAUGCAAGAACAUUAUCUGUAUGGUUGGAGCUGGAAUAUCUACAUCUGCUGGAAUCCCAGAUUUCCGCUCUCCUGGCACUGGUCUAUAUGCCAAUUUGCAGAAGUACAACCUGCCUUGCCCAGAGGCCAUCUUUCAGAUCGACUAUUUCAAGAAACAUCCGGAGCCCUUUUUUGCUCUUGCCAGAGAGCUCUACCCAGGACAGUUUAAGCCCACAGUAUGUCACUAUUUCAUGAGGAUGCUGAAGGACAAAGGUCUACUGACUCGCUCUUACUCUCAGAACAUCGAUACUUUAGAGAGAGUUGCAGGUCUGGAAGGAGAGGACCUGAUUGAAGCUCAUGGUACAUUUCACACCUCUCACUGUGUGAGCUUCCUCUGUCGUAAGGAGUACUCCAUGGACUGGAUGAAAAAUAAAAUUUUCUCUGAAGAUAUUCCUAAGUGUGAUUCCUGUGGGAGCCUGGUGAAACCUGAUAUUGUGUUUUUUGGGGAGAAUCUGCCUGCCCGAUUCUUCACUUCCAUGAAAAUGGACUUUCCUCGAUGUGACCUUCUCAUCAUAAUGGGCACAUCCCUGCAGGUGCAACCUUUUGCAUCACUAGUCAGUAGGUAA